AUAAGAAUUAAGUUGACAAACAUAACGAUGUUUAAGAUUUUAGUGUAUUGAUGAUUAAAAACCCUUUGAUUAGUUAAUUAUUGGAAGUUAAUUUUUAAUACAUUUUAAAGUGUUGAUGAUGUGAGAAUAAAACUUCUUAAUUGGUAUAAUGUUAGUAAUUGCAUUCACCAUGUUAGUCUUGUCACGUUUUGACGCAGGGCUAUUAUAGACGGCGUUACAAUAUUUUUGUUAGUGAGCCUUUGCGCGCAUGACCUAGACUGCUGCAAUCAACGGCGAGAAAUCUGUACCCUUUUGGUUUGCUGAGUUUAAUGUCUUACUAUUUACUUACAUUUCUCUCAUAAAGGUUGAUCUAAUCCGCUGUAUAAAUGUACUAAAAAUGGGACUAAUUCAACAGAUAUGCAGGCCAAAAUGUUGAAGAUAUCAAGGUUUGUAGUUAGAUAAUAUUCAAUACCAGGAUGUUGUACAUAGUACUUUGAAGCUUUUCAGACAAUGUUGCUCAAAAGACCAUGGCAAGCUAAGCUAUUUGGGUUACCUAAAAAAAGUCUUAUUCUGUUCAAUAAGUGGAUUGAAGUUAUUUAUCAGAUUAAAUUUCAAGAGUAUGAUAUGAUUUAUGAUACCAAUCUCGUAUCAACCAAUUUUGCAAUGUGUGAUGAUAAAAAUUUAAAAAAAAAAGCAUCUAACAAGUCUAGUGAAGAAUUUAUCUUAUGCCCUUUAUCGUCAGAAAUAAGAGAAAAUAAUAUUAAUAUUAGUCACAAAGAUAUUCGAAAAAAAAAAAUUGUAGAGAGCAUGUCAUUAAAUACCAAGUCUACAUGUCAGUCGAAUCUAGAUUCUAUUAAUGUCAUUCAUGAUGAUAACGUAACAUGUAAAGAAGCUAGUCCCGAUGGAAUAGAUAUAACAAAUAAUAUGUCAUCAAGAGAAACUAAUAUACUACCCAACAGUAAAUGUAACGCUAGAUUAACUUGUGUAAAUGAUAAAAGUUCUUUAGUCGUUGAAAACAAUAGUACAUCAAAAGAAACUGUAUAUGAGGAUGUUACUUUUCGUCGAAUUCCUAUGAGAACGUAUGGUAGAAGUAAGAAGUGUAUUAAGCGUAAAAGUUCUUUUGAUAACACAGAUAAUUUAGAAAAAAAUUUACCCUACAAAAAAAAGAAAAAAAAUCGUGAUUCUUGUGCAAAAGAACAUGAACAAUCUUCUCACUCUAUUAGAAGAAGUACGCGAAUUACAAAAGGAAAAUGGUCAAGUUCUAAUGAAAAUUUAAACCCUUAUAAUAAAAAUUUUGUACAUAGGAUAACUAUACCAAAAAAAUCUACUAAAAUAAAUAACGAACAAACAAAAAAUAACUUAAAUAGCAAAAUAACAACUCCUAUAAUUACUGAAAAUAAAAAUGUUAAAUAUAAUAUCAAUCAGAUGUGUGUGCCUGGAUUACAAACAAAAAACAUUUUACCUCAACCUAAGAAAGUUAUAGAGAAAUAUUUUCUUCAUGGACUUACCCAAAAACAAAUUAAUAUGAGACAGUUUGAUAUAUCUGAUAAAAUUCCUUAUAUAUUUUUAAGACCCGUCAGUCCAGAAACAAUUAGUCAUUAUACAAAAAAACCUCAUUCUAUAGAAAAUAAUUGUAAUCCAGAAAAUCAUUUAGAUUCUAAAAAAAAUAAAUCGCAUGGUAUUGGUUUAAGUGUUUCUACAGCAUCUAAGUCAAAUAGUACUACAAUAAUAAACCAUGUACCCAACAGUGCUAUUAAUAGUUCAUUCCAUGUCCAAAGUACAUCAAAUACUAAUAAAAAAAUGAUUGAUAAAUCUAAAGAUGUCGUUCAUCGUAGUGUAUUAUAUGAAUCUACUGCUUCAGAAAAAAUCAUAGCCCAAAAAAGAAAAUUUCAUCAAAUGACAACAGAUAAUUUACAAAAGUCAACAAAUUCAAAAAAGUUAAAGUUCUCUAACAUACAUGAAAACUGCAAGUCGAUUAAUGUGAAAAAUCAGCUAAAAUCUAAAAUACUUGAAAAAAAAUUAAAUUUAAAAAAGGCUUUAAUGCAGAAUUUUCGUGGGAUAAAAACGUUACCAUAUGAAAUUCCUAAAGUCUCUAAACUAAAACAAUCUAAACAUGAAGAACAGAAUAUGUUAUUUACUAAUAAAAAAAAAGAAUUGAGACGACGUAUAACUCGGUCUAGUACACUUGUAUGUCCAACUGUUUUUAAGAGAUCUAAACGUAUACAAUGUUUUAAUGAUAAAAAUGAUGAGAAGAUUAAUGAAAUUAAUACAGAACCAACCAACACAUACAAGUGGUUCACAAAUAUUAAUAGAAGCCACUUAUGGGAUACUGAUCUGAUUUUGGAAAAUAAAAUGUUAACUGAUUUUGAAGCGUUUGAUUAUUUAAUGAAAAUAGUGUCCAGUUUACAAAAAUCAACAUGUUCAGACAAAAUUUAUUUUUAUAAAAUGUGUUAUGCCGAAGUUGCUAUGUUGAGAUUAGGUGUCAAUACUUCUAAAAUGACCUUAUUCAAUGAAUCGAAACGAGUUCCUAUAUAUAAAAGAAAAAUUGUUACACGUGAGUCUCUCGAUGAUCUAAUGAAAUUGAGUGGUCGUAAGUGUCAAAAACGAGGUAAAUAUCUGAAAAAUGUUUUCAAAGAAGGAUAUAAGGAUUAUAUCGGCAGCACAGACAUCACAAAUGUUACCAGUGAUAAUAUUUUGUUCGAAGUUCCUUGUACCUCUCAGACAAAAUUUAAAUCUAAUGAAAUUAUCAGAAAGAAAGAUGAUUUUGCUGUGGAUGAUAACUCUAAAGAAUAUAAAAAAACAGUAGCCAUAUCUAAUCAACCUGCAGAAUUUAUAAAUUCAAUUGAUUAUAUCCGCAUAGUCAAUUCAGAAUCGAAUUGUUCUGAUUCCGAUUCAGAAGUUGACUUAAAUAUAAUAGGGUGGGAUUUUAAUCGACCAAUUCCUAGCACGUCAAAGGGUAUUACAAAAUGGCGGUACAUAAAAGAAAAUAGACGACAAAAUUUACUCAAAAACGCAUCUACUACAGAUUCAGCUGUUGCAGUUGCUCUGAGUGAAAUACAUUAUGAGCAAAAUAUAAAUGAUAGUCCUAUACGAGAUAUCAUUUCCAUAAACAGCUAUAAUAUUUGUAAUAAUAUAGUUAAUCUGUUUGACAAAAAAACUCAGUGGACAUCCAAAACAGUCUCAUACUUAAAAUCUGUUAUUAGCUGGUCAAAAAAACUACCGAUUAAGGUAAAUACAUUAAAAUUAAAUUUGAUAACUGAAAUUUGCAAUAAUUUAUUUUCAAUUAAAUCUCCAAUUUUAAAUUGUUCAAUUGAAAAUAGCAGAGACGAAAAUUCACAAGAUAUAUUAUAUCUUGAAAAUGACCAACUUAAAAAUAUAAAUUUAUCCAUAUCAGCUACUCGAAAUGCAUCUGACACUCACGUAUUUUACAAUCAUAGGGAUAAUAACAUUUUAAUUAAUUGCUCGCUUUCAAGUUCUGAAAUAUUUGAUCAGUCAUGUUUGUUGUCCCUUAUACAAACUAAUAAAAAUUCACGAAACACACAAAAUAGUUUAUCGAAAACAGAAACUAGUGCAACUGUAAUUUUAAGCGAUUUUAAUGAUAUUAACUAUCAAAGUUACGAUUCCAUUGUAAAUAAUAACGAUAAACAUAUAGAAAAUAUUCAAAAUAAAACCUUGAGUAGCAUGUCAGAUAAUUAUAAUAGUUCUGCUGUAACUUGUCGAAAUAUUUUAAGUGAUGUCAAUACUUUCCUAGAAAAUUUAAGUAAUAAUUCUUUUGUUGAAUCUAGAGACAAUAUUAUAUUUAUUACUUCAAAUACUGCAGGAAAAAAGGGUGAAGGUAGUUUAGAUUUUGAACAAACCAACUUACCAUCUAUCCAAUAUAGACUCAAAGGAGUUUGUAAUCAUAAUAAAUUUAACUUCGGUUAUGAUUUGGAUGAAUCUGAAAUUAACUUAAGUAGAAAUUCAAAAAACUUUAUACAAACGAAUAUUAUUAAAAAUAAUAUAAGAGAAUCAAAAUCUAAUAGCUCACAAACGAGACAUAGUAUUCAAAAUGAUAUACAAUAUUCUAAUAUAGUAUUAAACAAUCAAGAGUUAAAAUACGAUUUUUCAAAAAGCAAAAAUUCUAUUUCUAUACAUGAAAUUAGUGAUACCGAUUUAUUUGAUAAAUGUUUGUUCAAUUCUACAAACAAUCCUAACUUCAUUGAUAUUGAUGCAUUUAGAGAUAUUAACAACAUCCAAACAAAAAUAAAAACACCACAAAAACUAACUUUUCAAUGUGAGUUAGUUGAAAAUAAAUCUCAAAAAUUCAGUAUAAUUGAAGAAUCUAUGUCUAAAACUAAUUUAUGUAAGAACGCUGACAAUAUUUUGAAUGUUAGCUUUCCUGAAGUUUGUAAUGUUAUUUUCCAUGAAAAUAUGUGUAGUACCACAAAUGAAAUACUAAAUAAAAGUUUCUUAGAAAUUCCUGAUGCUAAAAGAUGCGAAGAACGUAUAAUCAUAGAAACACCAUUAAAUAAAACAUUAAAUGAAAAAAAACUAUUUAUGUAUAAUGAUGACAAUUAUAGUAAUACUUGUUGGAUAGAAAAUAAAUGUAAUGAUAGUUUCAAGAAAACCAAUUAUAAAUAUUCGAGUAAAAAUUAUGAAUAUUGUGUUAAUAAAAGGGUAAAUUAUUUAGAUGAUUCUAGUUACAAUUUUCGUGAUAAAAGUCAUAAUUUUCUUAAAUUUUUAAAUUUUAAAAAAAAUAAAGUUACAUGUUUUGAUUAUUAUAAAGAAAACGCAAUUUAUAACGAUGGCUUGAAAUUAAAUACCAAAACUCUUAAAAUAUCCGUUGAUAUAAAUUGCAUACAUAAUUUCACUAUAAAUAAUGUAGAAUUUGCUGAAAAGAUGAUUAUGAAUAUGUUGAAUAUAUACAGUUAUAAACUAUCGAAAUAUGACUAUAUUCAUAUUAUAAAAAAAUUAUCUAAUUCCAUUGUAUCUGAAUACCUUAAUUCGCCUACUGUCAAAUUUCUUCAACGCCCAGCUAGUGAUUAUACUUUAGUAUCAUAUUCAAAAAAAAAUAAGACAAUUAAUACAAACAAUUUCGACACUAAUUUCAAUAAUAAUAGUCACGUCAAAAGUCAAGGUCAAAGUAAUAUCGAAUAUAUAGAUGGAUGUGUCAAUAGUAACAGUUAUAACUCAAUUUUUACAAAUUUACCUCAUGUCUUCAACCAUAGUUAUGUUAACCAUGUUUAUGGAAAUAAGUUAUUUAAUUCAAAUCAUUAUAUUAAAAGAAAAUUAAAUGCUCAGUGUAGUACAAAUAUAAAAAAAUUUAAACGAUCCAUAAUAAAUAAUGAAAAUUCAACAAGUUUACCUUUAACAAUCCAAAAUCUGGCUCAGCAUUCUUCUAAAAUUGUACACAAAUUAAAUCUAUGCGUCAGUCAUGUACUAUCAUUUUACACAGAAAAUAGUAAUACUAAUCAUUUCAACAAUAUUGCAACUUUGAAUAAUUUUAGUGACCGUAAUGCGUCUAAUACAAACUCUGUUGCUGAUAAAAUUCAAUCUAUUGCUCUCAAUAAAAACACAAUUGCUACUUCAAGUAAUAAAUUACUUUUUAAUUCGUGUUUAUUAAAAAAUAGUGAAACUGUUUUACAAGAAAAUACGUUUGUCAAUUUUUUGAAAUAUUCCAAUAGUGUGGAUAACUUUUUUAAUAAGUCAUUGAUCAGCAGCUGCUUAUUGAACUCUCAUAAUCUAGUAAGUAAUAACGACCUAAAAGAUAAACUUCGUAUUUCAAUUUAUGAAAAUUCUAUAGCGCAAAUAAAUAAAAGUAACCGAAAUUUAUAUAAUAUCUCUAAAAUGAAAAAUAGAUUUAAUCAAGAUAUCAGUACUACCUCUAAUUUUAAAAUGUUUAGUAUCACUUCUGACGAAGAUUCGCAAAAUGCAACUGAUGGUGUUAGUGGUAUAACUGAGACCAAACUACCAAACCAUGAUGAAGUAUUUAUUUCUGACGUAAUUUGGAAUAAAUGCAAUUUUUCUGGAGCUUUUAAUGAUAGCAUGAGUACAUUUAAUUCAAGUAAUAUAUGUAACAUUUCUGUAAAUGAUCAAAAUAUUGUACAGAACAGUAAAACUUUGCUUACAAAUAGACCCAUGUAUGAAUUACUUUUAAAUAAAAAUAAAACUUAUCAAAUUGUAGAAAAUGAUGGUCUGACAGAAAAGAAUAAUUCCAUUUGGAGUAUUUCUGAUGACAGUACCAACUCGAACAGUACCAACAAUACGAAGAAUAUAAUAUUUAAUGAACAUAAUAUUUUUUCUAUAAAUAUUGAUAACAGCGUUGAUUCUGACAAUGAUAAAGUAAUUUUAAUAAGCGAGUCUUCGGAGAAUAGUUUUAACAAUUCUACUACCUUAAGUGAUAGUGAAAAUACUAAUUCUGUUAAGUCAAGCUAUGAUGAAGAAAGUAUUAUUCGCAAUAUCAAUAUACUCGAAAUAGACGAAGCAGAUUCAAACUUUAGCAUUGUCCGUGGUUUCAAAUCACCUUCACCCGGAGAAAAUGAAAGUUAUUUAGUUGAUAAUUCUAUUGAUAAUACGUCGAUUGAUUGCUCAUCCACUGAUAGUAUAUAUAUGAAUCAUAAUGAUGGAAGAAACAGCGAUUUAUCAAUUAUUUCAAGUACUACAUCAAGUCUUAAUACUUGGAGUAAUAUUGAUACUUCAUCAUCUAGUAUUGUAAGUACAAGUUUUAGUAGUUGUAGUUCAACUAAAUCUAUGAUAAAAGAAUUAACAAAAAACGUCACCAAUAAAUGCUCAAAUUCCAAAAUUGUUGAUGUGAUUGGUGAUAUGAAUGAUUCAUCAGAAAAUAGCCUAAUAAUUCAAAAUGAUAAUAGUAUCAUUAGUACAUCAAAUUCAGGUUCUUAUAUAUAUAUCGCAUCAGAUUUUACAUUAACUGGAAAAGAUUAUUCUGGAUCUGAGAAUAGUGACUACAUUGAAAAUAAUAUUAGCAAAACAAAAAGAUAUAUUCUGAAUGAUGAAACGGUUAAAAACUCAUCAAUUGUAAAAUGGAUUGAAAACACUAAACCUAUUACUAUAAAAAAAUCAAAAGCAAAUCUAAACAAAUGUACAAAUUUGGGUCAGACCUUUGACGAAGUCAUUGUGAUUUCAGACGCCGAGAAUGAUAAAUCUAUGUAUGAAACUAAAAUAAAAAACCACAAUAAUAUUUUGUUAGACGACACAUUGAAAAAUACACAAACUCCAGAGCUAUUGAAUGCUUUCAACAAUAUUAAUAAAAAUUUCGUUGGUAUCAGAUCUCCAAAAAAAUUUAGUAACGACACUACUUGUGAAAAUAAAUUGGAAGAAAAUGUGUCUAUAAUAAAGACGAUAAAUAUUACUGGAUCAAUGUGUAAUAAUUAUAAAAAUAAAGGUUCAGCUGACAACAUUAACUACUCAGAUAAUGACAAUUCUUGUGACAGUAAUACUUCAAAAAGUAAUUACCAUGACAUAAACAUCGAAGAUAUUAGUAACGAUAAAAAUAAAAUGUUACAUACGUAUGAUUAUUGUAAAAAUAAAUUAGAAAAAAAAAACCAUAUAGAGUCCGAAAUAAAUAAUGUAGAUAAUUUGUUUCCUAUAAGUCAAUUGGUUGUAUCUCAUAACUCUUUCGCCGAUGAUUUAAAUCUAGGUAUAUAUAAAGAUGAUCUUGCAGUGUUCAAAUCCCCAGUCAGAUACAAUACAGAAGUCAAUGAAAAUGAUUUUGAUAUCAAUCGACUUUCUGGCGAAUUCAAUGACUUGUUGGGUGUAGAGAGUAAUUUUGCUUGCAAUUUCAGUGAUUUUGAAAAUGAAAAUAAUGAACUUGCGUUUCAAGAAAAUUUCUUUAAUAAUAAUGUAUCUGAAUCUUCUAUAAACGAAAUUUCAUUUUUACGUUGUUUAGAAAAAAACAGCAUUCCCGUUGAACUUCAAGAUAAUAUUUCAAAAGAUUGUUCAAUCAUAGAAGAAUCUAACAAAAAUUCCCCUAACGAAAAUACUGAAGAAAUUAUUAUUAAAAAAAAUGAUAAAUUCAUAAUUAAUUCACUAGAUAAUUUUAAUGUAAAAUCUGACAUCAAUUUAAACCAACGAACAAUUUUCAGUUUAAUUAAAUCCGAUUCUCAAAUAAAAACUUCUUUAAAGUCAUCGUCUAACAUCCUCAAUAAGAACAGACAAAUACUUGAAUCUACUACUUCUAAAAAACAAAGUCAAAUGUAUUUAGAAAACAACAUGAAUCUAAAUGAUCAGAUUUAUUCUAGUCUUCAAACUAUAUCUCCAAAUUAUUCCAUAUUACCUGAUCCUGUAUCUACUACUAAUUUUCCUCUUAAUUUAAACGAUAUUGAUUUUGAAUUGGCUGUUUCUAGUGCUCUUGCUGAUGCAAAUAAACACGAGAGUUAUCAUGAAACAGUCAACAGUUUCGACGCUGCUACGCAUAAUUUUCCCAACGCUAUCAUCAAUGUUGCUAGCCAAAUUCCAACUUACGAUGAUGCCAUUACAAGGAGUUACUUUAAUAGCAUAAAAGCUUUCGAAAUGCUUAGUAUAAAAUCUCAAAAUCCAAAUUAUUCUCCUACAAAUAUUAAUAAUAUAUCCGAAAUUGGCAAAAAGUUUAAUGAAAUUCGUGUUUGUAAUAGCUACACUAAGAAAUUGAAUGAUUUUAAUGAUGAUCGGGGAUCACCCGCUGUUAAGUUAUCAACAUCGAACUUACUAACAAAAUCUCUAGACAAUAACAAUGUUAGCAUUGUUGGUAAUAUGAUUUAUGAGGAUAUUAGUGAUCCAGAAGAUGAAACUGUUUCUUCUACACUUAUGACUCCAUCGAUAAAACCUAUGACACUUCCAAAACUUUGCUAUUAUAAAAUUGAUGAUGCUGUCGAAUCAGUUUCACUUCAAAAUAGUAUUAGUGAUGACUCUUCGGUAAAUCCUAUAACAAAUCACUCUCCACGCGAUGUUGAUCAAAUAGAAAACCCGGUUAUUGAUCCUCAUGAUAAAACAUUAAAUAAAUGUGAUAUAAACAAAGAAGUAAUAAAUGAAUCUAUAACUUAUGGGAAAAUGUGUGAGUCUACUAUAAGUUAUCCAGAGACCUAUCAAACUAUUACAAAUGAAAAUACCACCAUUAGCCCUUUUAUAUCGUUCGAGAAAGAAUUUGAAGGUGAAUCUAUGAAUCUUGCUUGUACAGAUGAUAUUUCUUCUAAUGGUAAUUUUCAGGAUAUCAUUAGUGAUAUCAUUGUACAGCCUGCAGCGAGUAAUGAAACAGUUUCUCAAAGUUUAAAUACAUCAAAUAUAUAUGAAGAUAUUAGUUCACCCGAACAAAACACAACAAAUAAGUUUGACCCUAUGGAUACCUUAAAAGAACUUGAAACUAGUACUUUCUCUAUGUUCAAUAAAGGUCACAAAUUGUUAAGCUUAGAGGGAAGGGUUAUUAAUACAAGUGAUAUUGUUAGUUUAAGUAUGGAAAAUGGAUUCGAUUUUGUCAAUUCUAUAAUUGAUUUUGACAAUUCUGGCGCUCUAGACGACUAUGACUGUAUAAGAGCUAUCCAUGAUUUCGACAUUAAUCAAUUUCAACAAGAUGAUGAGAUUUGCGAUCCAAUUGAACAUCUUUUUGACGACAAUACUCAAUUGACUGACACUGAUCAAUUCGAUAUUGAUGAAUGGAAGUUGUAAAACGUAUUUUAUCAUCAAAUAUAUUAAUGUAAAUAUUUUAAUUUAAGUAUUAUUACUAUAAAUAUUUUUCUGUUUAAUAUGAGUUCUAAAUUAAUUAUUCACUUAUUUUAUUAAUUGUUAACCAUUUAUUUGUAAAUUAAAAAAAUUGUUGUUUAAAUAUUACUAUUAAGUAUUUUUCAUCAUAAUGGAUAUUAUUAUUUUGAUAAUUAAUUUUCGUAUUUAAAACGAUAUCAAUUUUUAAUUUAAUGAAAUAAUUUAAUUUAAAUGUUAUUAUAUUUCAUACAUUUUUAUAAACUCUACAUUUUUAAAUUUAAAAAAAAAAUACUACCAUAUUAAUUUUCAAGUUAACGUGUCUCUGAAAAUUCAUUUGACUCGGCAAUUUAUUUGAAGUACUAACAUGGAUCCAAACUCCAGCAAAAAUAUUUUUUACGAUAUGGAAAUUUUUGAAGAUGGCAUAAUUCAUCGGUGGACUGCUUAAUUUUGAAUUUAUAAAAAUUAAAUGAUUUUUAUUUUUAAUAAAUUUAUUUUGUUUUAAAUUUUAACUUAACAAUUUUUUUAUUUUUGUGUUUUUUUAUAUAUAUUUGCAGUUAAAAAUAAGAAAUAAUUUUUUUAAAUUAAAAUUUCACCUAAUCUAUAUUUUGCGAAUUAAAUUAUAAUCUAACGUUU